UUCUGUGCUUAGAGUAUAUGAUAUAGUUUAAUGAUAAAAUUGAUAAAUUUUUUUUUAAUUGUAUUUUACAAAUGCUCAUAAUUUAAUGCAUACUUGUCCAAGUAUAUAAGAGUAAUACUCGAAAGAAUCAUUUAUUCGUCUUGUAGAUUUAACCGGAACAUAUACUACGAUUGUGAGAUGUAACGUGACUAAACGUUGUUGAACGUUCCUUUUUCCGAGAGAUCACGAUAAUGUUCCUUACGAUUUCAUUGUGUUCAAUUUUCAUUUUAUUUCUACUGCAUUGCUUUAUAAGAUAUGGAAGAGUGGGAAGAAUUCUUCAUAAUAUUCCGGGACCAAGUGCAUAUCCUAUAAUAGGAAAUAUGCAUCAUUUUUUAAUUGACAAUGAAAAUAAUCUUGUAAAACUUUGGGCAGCAAAUGCAAAAUUUUAUCCAAUUUACAAAUUAUGGUCCUUCAGAUACUGUACAGUAAUUCUGCUUCAUCCGGAUGAUAUUGGGGUACUUAUUAGAAGCACUAAACAUAUUGAAAAAAAUCUACCUUACAAUUUCUUGAAACCUUGGCUGUCUACCGGAUUGCUAACCAGUGGAGGUGAGAAAUGGCAGACACGUCGGAAGAUAUUGACACCAGCCUUUCACUUUAAUAUCUUGAAACAUUUCGUUGUCACUUUAAACGAUGAAGCACGGUAUCUUGUAACGUCUUUAAAAGAGGAAGAAAAAGGAGGUUCUGUAAUUAAAGAUUUACAAGAAUUUAUCAGUCAUCAUACACUUAACAUAAUAUGUGAAGCAGCACUUGGUACUUCUUUGAAGGAUAUGGGCGAAUUAGGAUCUAAUUAUCGUGAUGCGGUUCGUGGUUUCGGCAAUAUCAUAGUUACUAGAUAUGUGAGACCUUGGAUCUAUCCCGAUAUUAUAUUUGGAUUUUCUUCACCUGGUCGAUUACAAAGAAAACUAUUGAAAACGUUGCACGGUUUUUCCAAAAAAAUAAUUUCCGAAAGGAUACAAUUCCAUGAAGAAACUAAUGGAAAAUAUUUACAUAAUAAUGAAGAAAUAGAUGAGAAUGAAAUCUCUUGUGAAGAGCGCGUGAAUGAUAAUAAAAAUCCGUUGUUCAAAAAGAAACUUGCUCUGCUUGAUCUGCUUAUAUCCGCUUGUGUGAAAGAAAAUAUAAUCGAUGAGAAAGGCAUCCAAGAAGAGGUCGAUACUUUUAUGUUUGAGGGUCACGAUACUACUGCAGCGGCGUUGUGCUUUGCAUUGAGUCUUUUUGCAAAACACAAAGAUGUCCAGAAACGUAUAAGAGACGAAGUUAACACGGUUAUGCAAGAAAACCAUAAUUUGACGAUUCCGAUGCUUCAAGAAUUUUCGUAUUUAGAGAGAUGUUUGAAAGAAUCACUUCGUUUAUAUCCAAGCGUUCAUCUUAUACUUCGUUAUUUGACGCAGGAUAUACAACUAAAAAAUUAUUUAAUCCCGGCUGGCUCGAUGUGUCAAAUAAACAUCUAUAGCAUCCACAGAAAUCCACAAUAUUGGCCAAAUCCCGAAGUUUUUGAUCCCGAUAGAUUUUUGCCAGAAAAUUUGAAAGGCUGUCAUCCUUAUUCCUAUAUCCCAUUUAGUGCUGGACCAAGAAACUGUAUCGGUCAAAGAUUUGCAAUGCUCGAGUUAAAAGUAAUAGUAGCUUAUAUAUUGCAUAACUAUCAUUUGGAACCGGUUAGUAAUCUUGAGGACGUAAAAAUAUUGGAAGAUCUUACACUGCAUUCGACCAAGCCUCUUCAAGUUAAAUUUAUACCAAUAAAAUAGGAUCUUUCUAGAAAUCAUUUUCUUCAAAAUGUACUCAGUGCAUUUCUCGAAUUUGUCGAGAAUAUGUGUCACAGAAAUAGAUAGUUAUAAGCAACGUUGUACUUGAUAAACAGCUUAAAAAUUCGUUGUGAUUCGAACAACAAUCUACGACAAGUAUUCCAUAAUCUUUCUUUUACUGCAAAUACUUGUAAUUAAUUAUAAAUAAAUUGUAUGUUUCAAAAAUUGCAGCUCCGACGAAUCCAUAUAUUAAUAUUAUAAAUAAUGGAUAUAGUAAGAAAUAAAUUUUUAUUAUUUUA